UACUGUCAAGUUUUGACAAUUUAGCUAUAGCGAGUUAAGACAGGAAAAUAUAAACAAAGGCCAACUGUAUAUCACGUUUGAUAGUUUUCUUUAAUCUCUAGUUUUAGGAAGGAUAUUUAACUAUAUGGAUUAAAAUGGCCCAUAUACAAUUAGUCGAUGAAUUGGUGCGGGAAUAUUUGAUUUUCAGAGGGUUCACGUCAACUGUAAAAUCGUUCGACGCUGACCUUAAAUCUGAUAAAGAUAAAGGUUUUAGAGUUGACAAAAUAGUUGAUCAAAUUAUGCAUUAUAUAAAUGUUUCUGACCUCAUUGCACUGAAGGAGUACUGGUUACACCUCGAUAGUUUAAUUUUCUCAAAGUUAGAGGUUCAUGUUCAGCCAGCGAUUCGCAAAAUAGAGUACAGUCUCUACAAACUAUACUUAGUCACAGCAUCUCAGAGCACUGGAGGUGUAAAAAAUGAAAAAGUUGCAGAAUUUCUAUCUAAAAUGUUACCAGAGCUACAAGGCCAAAAUGAAUGGAGGGAUUGGUUCAUGUUACCUUACAUACAAAAACCUGAAGAGAAUCCUUCAUUUAGUCUCUAUUUCACAAGAGCAUGGCAGGAUAGUGUGCUUGUGUCGUUACACAAUUUGCUAGCUACUGUUUUCCAAUGUAUGCCUCAGCCAACCCUUACCAGUUAUGAGAGUGAUGCAGCCUUGGUAAAGAGGUUACAGGAUGAGAUUAUGACUCUUAAAGGAAAGACACAGCAACCUUCUGAAAAAACAUCCCCAAUAGGACAUCAAUCACGUAUAUCUCAAUAUUCUGAAAGACUCAGUGUUCCUUUACCAUUAGUGGAUGACUUUUCUGCUAUACCAUCAGAACAAUUUGACACUGGCAUAAGAGAAGCUCGUGGGCUCAGAGGCCUUUUAAGACAGAUGGGAGGAAGUCCUGUUAUGGCAAGAAAAGCUGGAAGAUCUCAAAGUCAGAAUUAAUAUAAAUAUAACGUUAAAACGUUAAUAGGUUAAAGAAUAUUUAUGUAACCCUACAUUAUAAAAUCAAUCUAUACAUAGAUGUUAAUGUCAUUACUCUAAGAGAAAAAUAAAAUUUGAAUAAAUUUAAUACAA